AAUAGUUAGGCUACCGUGGGAAUUAUAAAAGUUCGAAUAUUUGUCACUGUGCUUGUUCUAGAAUUUGAGUGAGAUUAAACAGACAGAUGUCGUUUAUUCAGGUGAAUUGAUUUGCGCAAUAGUUUCGAGCAAAGGCGUGAAUGUUCAGUAGAUUUGUUAUCACGGCCGUGAGAAACUUCUCGAUAACAUUCACGAAGUGGAAAUUCUUGUAAGUCAGAUGCAGAUAAAUGUGUUGAAAUGCGAUUUCAGUGCUGAUAAACCAUACUUCAUUUGAAAGCUGUUGAGUGAAGUGCGGCUCUCCGUGUCGAGAGGAAGAGCUGCGCAGAAUGUAGAGUCAGCACACUGCAGUGCGCGUGACCCCCGGACGCACUCAGCUCCACUGGGAAAAGCGUGCAUGAGUUUGAUCUUUAGUGUAAUCGAGUUACAUAUGACUUUCCACAGCCUAAGAACCUAACCUUGAAAAAACAAACAGGCGAGUGGCUGUUAAAAGCCUGAUUAAUAUAGUAUUAAUGGACCCGCUUUUUAUGAAACAAAACAUUCGUUCAUUAGGCUAUGUGUUGUCUGUAUGCAUUUAUGCUGUCAUGAUUUUAUUGUGAUCUCACAUUUAAGUUGUUUUUAUUUAUUUUAUAUUUUGGUUUUGAAGCCAGUUCUAAAUGUAGGCUAAUAUAUUGCUGCAUUGUUUGGCAUGUUUGUUUUGACUCAAGCCGUUUCUGCAUAUGUGAACUUGUUUUGCCUUUUGACUGCUGAAUUUGCAAAUAGCUUAGUUUGCUUCAGGGGGGUAGAUGCAUUCUACUCAAAUUAGCCAAUUAGCUCCACUCACAAGUCCCUACAGUCCUGAGGUAUGCUAUCACACACACUGAUUCCAAUUUGAGCUUCAGAAAGGGGUUCCUUGAGCAUCUGAAGUAUAAUGUGCAUGCAUUAGUGUUUCUGCUCUUAUGUGUAUGUUUCUAUGGAAGCAUAUGUUCAGGAAUCAGGUCCGCUCUACAAAAUGCACAUCACAUCUGGAGUGGAUUUGGAGAACAGAAAGAUGGAUAAUAGCUGGCCCUGCUUCCCAAGAUUGUUCUUCAGGCAAAUAUGUGUAGGGCUUGCAGUUCACAAGAGCAGAUAGGGUCAUGAGGGCAGAUAAGCAGAUAGACAAAGCAAGAAAAUGUAAAGAGUUCAGAUAUCAGACUGAUAGGAAGUGACAAAGAAAAAAUGUUUUCGCUUCCCUCUGGUAUCCAUAUGUUGAGCAGAACCAUCAAACAUUGCCUUAAUUACUGUAGUAUGGAAUGGAAAAAAGAAAGAAGAGAAAAAGAAAGAGCCAUUUUAGACAAAUUGAUUCAAACCAUUGAAUGUGAAAUAAAAAGCAUGUACAUGUCAGAACUGGCAGAAAGUCCAAGGUCUGAUGAUCAGAAUUAUCAGAGAGAUGAAUAAAAUUUCACUAUUAUCAUCAUGUUUAGUUGAAGAAAAGUUGAGAAAUUGUUGAUAUUACAAAUGGAAGUUAGAAAAUAAGAUUGUGGUGAAGCCUGCCCUUUAGUUUGGUCUGGAGUGUCUUCAUGGACCCGCGUUGUUAGAAGAAUUCCCCCAUAUGCAACACAAGAGAGCUGUGAAAGAAAGAUGAAGAAGUGAUUUCAAGUGGGUAAACUGGUGUGUUUCAUAAAUCCUGUCUGUUCAAGCUCCCGAGAGUGUCCUAAACUCAGCAUCUCUGAGCUCAGUUUGGAAAAUUGAACCGUUUUUGUACAGUAUGCAUUGUUAAUUAGUGCAUAUGUUUGAGUCAUCUUUUGCUGCUUUGUCAUGUGAACAAUCUGUGUGACGUAAAUUUCCAUUGAACAUCCUGUCAUUGUCAAUGUGUGAUGAACUUUGGAGCACAAUGAGAGCAAAAGGAAUACCAGAAUGUCUAUUUGUUACAAAGACAGGUCAAUUAUGAUGAGCUAUUAAUAGGAUGCAGCAUGUAGGAACUGUUUUCACUGACUGUGUGAGUCACAGGAUUGUGUUUAGGAAUCUACAGUACAGACCUGAAAGAACAAAUGAAAUCUCUACAGAAAUAGGAAGGAAAAUCAAGGAUCCUCCCAAAGGCAGACAGGCAAGCAACAACUGGCCAGCAUUGUUAGAGCUAUUGUCUACUCUUCUUUUUAAAAAGUUGAAUAAUUACUAAUAAAAAUGAUCUGUAAAGGAGUAUAAUGCCAUUUAAGACCUUAUAUUUACUCAAAAUGUCGUAACUGAGCUGCAGUAAAAAUGACUGACUGAAUGGAAAUGAACUGUUGCUAUUUCCAUUUUAUUACAACUUUAAAUUCUAAUUAAAUUCCUGAGCUUGAACUGAUUUUUAUUUUUUUCUUCAGGAAAUUCAUGUUAGGCUACUCAAAUGUAAUUUAAAUCAGAAGAAGAAAAUCUGUCAUGACAAACUUGAGACAAAAAAAAAACUUGUCUUUACAAUUAGGAGUUAGGGUACGUUUAUUAAGAAAAGUUUUUUAGUUAUUUUAUUUUUGGGGGGAGCAGGGUGUAUUUAUUUAUUUGGUAUUUUGUAAUAAUUUUGUUGGGAGCUGGGGUAGCCUACUUUUUUUGGUUUAUUAUUUUCAGUUAGGAUUGAAAAUGCAUCUGUUUUCUAUAUAUAGAUGAUGUGAUGACAGUUAUCUUUGUAUAUUUUGAGUAUGUGCGAUGAGUAUAUGCCACAUUGGAGGUUUGGAUAGGGACAUUCACAUUGUUGUGAUAUGGUUUAUUGGAGAGUAGAGGGUGUGAUAACUUCAAAUUAUGAGUCACCGCGCGCGUUUGCUGACAGCGCGCGCGCGCGUGUGAUGCGCUGUAGACUCCCUCCGCAUGUCCUGCUGGAAUCUUCAGCAAACACGGAAGAAGCGGCACAACACGGCGGUAAACGCCAAAUAAUGGCCUGGAUACCGCAAUUGUAGAUAUGAACGGCGAUCCAGAUCCACGGAGUCCAGUCCUGUGCUCUCUGUUUCAGCAGUGAUGUGAGGUGGGCUUACAGAGCUCUAUAGCACGGCUCUAUUUCUACAGGAUCAGCAAAUACUCUCUAUAUAGGUAUGCGGUAUCAAGUGUUAGGGUUAUUUUUAUACUUCUGUCAGUUCUGCAGGUUUUCGUGAGGAAAGAAGUAUGUAUGACAGAGCAGAAUUGAUACUGAAUAAUGUUGACCUGAAAGUCCUACGCAUAGAUGCGUUUUGGAUAGGAGUUUGAUCACACGGGCAUCUCAAAGGCAUACUGGAUUUUCAACGUCUAAAACGAUGGCAGUAUUGUUGUCCUAAUAGGAAUACUGUCCUUCUGGAUGUGGCCUUCAAAUGUUUAUAUGAAAAGACACUCUGAGCCAAUGAAGAAUUUUCCACAAGAAAGGAACAAAAAAGCGUCCUGACUUUGUCCAACUGGAUUAGUUUUGAAUGCUAAGUGCGUUGUGAUUUUUGUCUCUCCUUCACGUGUACGGUCCAUUUAUUUUAUUUCACCUCUCCUUUCUUCCCUUCAUCCUGCUGCAAGGUCUGUCUCUCUGUUGUUCGGGAGGACGCGGUGGGUCCGACAUGUCUGCCAAAGCCCCCAUAUACCUUAAACGACGAAGCUGCAAAGGAAAGAAGGAAAAGUUACGUGACCUUCUUUCGUCGGACAUGAUCAGCCCUCCGCUGGGAGACUUCAGACACACCAUCCACAUUGGCAGUGGCGGGGGUGCAGACGAUCUUUUCGGUGACCUGUCAUUCCUACAAGGUAAAUUUCACCUGUUACCAGGUCAAGAAGGUCACCAGGGGUCAUGCCAACUAAGUCGCACAGCGAGUGUAAGCAGUCACCCGCCGGCCUGCGAGAGCUCGCCGCUUUUGAAAAAUGCCUUGUCACUUCCUAUCAUUGGAGGGGUGCAGGCGCUCACCCUUCCGGCCCCGAUGGCCACAGCCCCUCUGACUUCAACAGCGACGGCGACCACUGAGGUCCCAACAGCACUGUCAACGACCCAAUCACCCCCAACAUCUCCAUCUCUCGCUCCACCUCCCAAACCUCCCAGACUGCACCUGGAAGAGAGGAGCAUGUCACGGCAUACGUCACUGCCCGCAUCUCCAAACCGUUCUCCACUUCAUUUGCACACAUACGAACAAAGUCCAGAUCCUGAGGAAAAUGAGAAGUGUGUGAAGGAUGGAGAUGAGGAGGAAAAGCCGUAUCUGUCCAACGCUGGCUCUAUGCUUUCCCUCCAUCUGGACUUGGGGCCAUCGAUCCUAGAGGAUGUGCUUCAGAUCAUGGACAACCAGAGAACAGGGACAUUCAGUGGGGGACUUACACCGAGUGGAAGACAAGAGAUAUAUACCUGAACGUGAACAAGAGAUCCGAGUCAAAGCUUGAUGGUACCUAAAUGGACUAAUUGCUUUUUCUUCAUGUAGUAAAACAGCUUGCCCUCUGAGAAAACUCAUUUACCUGCUGUACAGUUGCAUUUUCUUGGGAAUUUUAUGCUCAUCAUACAUAUAAUCUUUGGACAAGACCUUUGGAAGCUCUAGGAUUGGAUCUGUUCUAUCAUUGGAUUUCUCUGGGUUCAAAUGGAAUUCAUUUCUCUUCAUUUUGGACUACAAGCUAUACACCAAUUCUGGCUAUCCUUAGAUACAUUUUGAAACAUCUGAAAGCAUUUAAGCAAGCACAUGUAAAACUACCUGCAUUGUGUAUGUACUAUUACAGAGAAACACUACAGGAAAAGAAAAACUGACAUUUUUCUCUUUCAAAGCAGCAAUGACAUCAUCUCCCCCUCUGUGUUGUUGCGAUUUGUGUAAUCGGGUAAAAAUGUGCAGCUCCUCCCUAAUGAUCUGGACACACACACAUGUCAGGAGGCCUCUGCAUCUACACCCUGGGAUUGUAACUUUCUCUUUUUGUUGGGAGUAGUUUUCAUUGUUCCGAAACAGAAACCCAAAGGCAGGAAUAUGGAAUGUUUUCCUUUCAUAAAAUACCCUUUUUUUUUUUUUUACUGUGUUUGGUUGUUGUUGAGGUGUCUGCAAUCCCUCAGGCUUUGACAGAUGAUCACUUUUCUUUGGCAGCAGUGUUUUUUUCUUUCUCUGACUUGAGUGGUGGGCCUUAAGGAAGGGUUUGUGUUAUCUUGGUAUCCCCCAUGUAACUCACCCUGCAUGGAUUAAUAAUGCUCUGUGCUUCCUGUUCACACAUUAAGACCUAUUAGUAUUAUUUUGUCAGAUUAUAAAUUCAGAUAAAUAACUUGUAACCUUUUUUUAUUAACUUAGCUCAAAGUGCAACUAGGAGAGCUUAAUAGAGCAAACAUUAGCAGAAAUAGUCAUAUUGCAGUCAACUUUAUAUGAUGCUCCCUUUGCACUGUAACAGCAAUAACAAAAUCUACUGUACUGAUUUACACUCAUAAGUUCUCAUAUUUAAAAAAAAAAAAAAAAGCUACUUGAGAUUUGAAAUAUUCUCAUUUUUUCCUCUUCUCAAAAGCUUUGUUCCAAGUGGCUGUUUCUGAGAGUUUCUUUAAGAUUCUUGGUUCUUUAUUUAUUUUUCUUUGUUCUUACUAGUGAACUAUCUCACAGUUUCAUCCUUACAUUGUGAAUUUCAUUCUAAAGCUGAAUGCCUGAAUCUAUAUCCAAAAUCACAGUUCUGUGCACUUAAUUUCAUUUUUGAUAUACAUCUGAUCUAAAAGCAGAUUAAAUGCACAGACAGACAAAUUCCAUUUGGCUAAAUACUUAUUUUUGUAAGAAUAAGAACUAAUUUUAUUACACUAAAUAUUAUAAUACUGAACAGGGACCUAAAUGUUAGACAUACAAUGAAUAUAUUUUAUAACUAAUCAUAACUCUUUUUUAUUUUGAAUUUUCUUAGACUACAUUAACCAGAAAUUUGUGACCUAAAAGUUCUCAUAGCCACUUUACUGCUCAAAUGAUUUGAAAGAGACAAUAAACAAUGUUAAAUAUGAAAAUAUCUUCACUUUUAAAAAAAUAAUAGUUUAGGACAACAUAUAUAACUCAUAUAAUCCAUAUUUAAUUAAGGGUGAUCAGGGUUACUGAGGAUCUUAAGAUUUGCAUCACUGAAGCACAAUUACAACAACAACAACAACAAAAAAACAGUAAAUAAAAGUACAAUACCAUUUCAAAGUUCAGACCAACAAUAAACAAUUGGGUAAGUAUAGAUGGGUAUGUGUAAGUGUAAAUAGGCAGAUGCAUUGCUAAAAAAAGCAAAACAACACCACACGUUUUAAUAAGCAUCUCUAAAAUAAUUGUCUGCUCCACCUCUGCAAAAUACUGUGAUCAUUUAUGUUGUUUAAUAUUAAUGCUAUUUUCAGUUUGUGAAAAAUACAGACUUGGAUUAUUACUGGAUUUGAGAUUAAACUGAAAAUGUGAUGUUCUUACAUUAUUGACAAAUACAUUACAUUCCUGGCAAAGAUUUUUAUUUUAUUUUUUUUACCAUAAAAUGCAUCAUGUUUUUAGACUGAAGGGGAAGCAGCUGCAUCUCUGUGAGGAAUAUUAUAGCAUUGCUGCCUUAUCAAUAAAAGUGAAUCAUUAAUGCCUUUGACUACACGUUAACCCUGUGCCAUGUGCCUCUACAGCACUUGUUCAGAUGCGCACCAGGAGACAUUUUUGCCCACGUGUUGGUUUUUAUUGGGCUUUAUUUUGUCAGAUUCUGUACUAGAUGUUAAGUGGAUGUUUGCUGCUGAUGCUGUACACACUACAAUAGACUUACAGGAUAAGACAUAGAGACAGAAACAUAAUGGUGAAUAAAUGCUGAUUUCUGA